AUGCAACCUCUCAUAGAGCAGAAGUGGGUGAGGGCACUCACAUUCCUCAAACUCGACAAGCAAGUUGAACACUUCACCUCUCGAUCAGGGGAAAUAUUUGACUCUAGCCAGUUGGUUGAAGCAACAGCUCUAGCACUCUUCCUGGGAGAUCCACGGAAUUCAACGACAGACUCUUUUACCCUCGAUGGCCAAAAGCCCGGACCUCUACAUGAGGUCCUGGAUCAGACGGGGAUCAGGGUCCCCGGACUCCAGCUGUACGAUGCCACUGAUCAUGUGCUCAUUCUCUCAGACCUUGGUCCACUGCCAGAUUUGUCGAGAGUGUUCCGUGAGCUCGGUGGGUACGCUCCUGGACCCGGCAAUACUUGUCAAACCUCUCAACCAGUUCCUCGCUCUCAUAGAUUGGGAGAACAGCUUGUGGAGAAUGAGGUAAUAUUCUUCGAAAGGCUUGGGCGUCGAUACGGAAGCUUUUUCGCGCUGCUGCACUCACAACGCACUCAUCAACUCAUCCCUGGAGCUUCAACCACUGAAGAUCUGGUUGCUUGUCCGGACAGAUCGAGUGGCUUCCCUUCCUUGCCUGAAAUGAAGACCGUGGUCCACGAGCAUGUCAUCAAGCCUCUCAGAUCUCAAUUGCUGUUGUUCCCUUCUCUCCUCAGGUUUGAUGAGGCUGAAGCUCUCUUCUCCACAAUCGAAGCGUGUUUUUUCCGCGACACAACAGAGCAAGAACGAUGUUUUGUCAUAGGCAUUUGUUGGACAGGCACUGUACUGCUCAAUCCAGAAAAUCGUCCUGAGAACCCCAGUAUCGGCAUCAUUGAUUGGGAAUUCGCAAAUGUCUCUGGCCGGGGUACUAAUGGAGACAUAAGUCAAUUCAUUGCCCACCUCGAGCUAUUCCUUAUUGCAGCUUACACCCAGGACAAAGACGUUGCCCCGGGCCACAUUUCAGCCUUAAGUGCCAUUCUCAGAGGGUUCGUGUCUGCCUACAAGAAAGGACGUGACAAGACAGAGGACAGCGGGUUGAAAGAGAUCUGGAUAUGCAAAAGAUCCUGGGUGUCUCCCUUGCCUUCAGAACCAUCAGAGGUAUCGACUGUGCCACUUGAUGAACAGCCUAGUGAGUCGUCAAGUAUUGCAGAAAAGGCGAGUUAUCCCCAAUGCACACUCAUCACGAAGAUGGUUGGUAGAGGUCUAUCUUUUCUGCGAUGUGCUGUGGCUGCAGACCCUAUGAAGGCUAGCGACAUCCUGCUUCGGAUGGACCCGGCCGUAGGCAGUCAGCCAGGCUUGAUUGAUUUCUUCACUUGA